AUGGUAAAGACAACUACCACUACAAGCAGCACCACCAACAACGGUUCGACCAAGAAAAAGUCCUUGUUUGGCAAAAUCUUCAAAAAGAAUAAAUCGAAAAAGACAGAAGAUGUAGAACGCAAGGUCGAAAUCGUCAUUGAACAAGUGGAGGAACAAGUCAUUGAAGAAUCUCGUGAUGCCGAUGGACACGAUGAUCAUAUGAUUGCAAGAGAUCCUUCCGCCGCCAUGGAAGAAGAAGCGGCCAACCCGGAUCAACCACAAGAACAAGAAGAAGAACGACAAGAACAAGAAGAAGAAACCCGUGACGGCGCAGACAUUAUUGCCGAUUUGGAAACCGCCUCCAUGAUGGCUCAUCAGCAACAAGCUCCUUCUUCUUCCAACAACAACAGCCAAGGAUGGAUGGGAGGCUGGUUGGAGAACAUGACCAACAUAUGUGGUCCUCCAGUCGACCAAGGACUACCUACUAUUUUGAGUGGAGAAGAAAUGGACAUGGACAUGAUCACCAACGAAGAGUCCGUAUCCGUCAUGUCGCCCACUAGUACUGUCGUCAGUGAGGCGCCAUUGAGUCCAACCAUCAUUGUCACCAUCCAAGAAGAAGAGGAGCAAGAAGAAGAAACAGAAGAAAUCCAAAAGACUGAGGAACCCGCAAAGCAGAUCAAGAAAGAAGGACCAGCACCCAAGAAGGUGAAUGCCAAAGCCAUGUCGGCCGAGGUACCACAAGAAGAACGACCUGUCGACCGACCAGUUCGCAUGGACGCUCCUACCACUCCCAAAACCCCAGUGUCGAGCCCUAGAAAGACCAAGUUGGAACCCGAAGAAGACUUGCCGACACCACCACCACCAGCGAAGGAGCAACCCAAAGAAACCCCCAAACAAGAGAAUGACGACAAUACCUUGGUAGUCACUCCCGAAAAGGAUGACAUGGUCCAAGGAUUGGCCGAACCAAUUGGUACCAAGGUCGAUCUUUUUGCCAGUUUGACGGCAUGCUGCAAUCCCAUGGCGGUGCCUUCCAUGGAUGAAACAGACAUGGGAGCAGUCCACAAGGAGCAAACACCAGAAAAAGAAGAACCUAAAUUCGAAACUAACGAGACGCGCAAGGAUCCGGAUGGCGACAAGGGAGAUGACUCCAAGAGUGUGGCCCAAGACUCACAGAGUGUGGUGGCAGAAGAAGAAAACAAGGAAGAAGCGACUACUCCAUUAGUACCCAUCACUCCUGUCAUUGAGACACCCGCAACAGAAGAGGCCGCACCAGAAGAAGAAGAAGACCGCAUCGUUGGUUCCAUUUUCAAAGAAAAGAAAAACACCAAGAUGGGUUUGUCUUUGAAGAAUUCAACCAUGUACCAAGGUGUCUUUAUCGCCAAAAUCAAGCCUGGAUCCAUGUUUUCCAAAACGAAGCUACGAGAAGGCAUGCAAGUGUCAGAGAUUCAAGGGAAGCCAUGUCCCGUAGCUCUGGAAGAGGCAGUGAACAUGCUGCGACAUGCGGUCGGGGAAUUGGUAAUUGUGGCACACAAACCAAAGUGCGAAAUCUAA